AUGCCGCCGUACAACACUAUCAACGUCCACCCUCCACAUCAUAGCCUUUCAGACUUAACGACAGACACCUUUGAUGUGAUCGUCAUCGGGUCUGGCUGGGCGGGCCGCACCUUGGCUCCACGCGUCGUCAAGGCUGGGAUGAGCGUAGUCAUAAUUGAGAGCGAGCUCGUUGGCGGCGAUUGUCCAUUCUGGGCCUGUGUACCAAGCAAGGUCUUACUUGAAUCACGCACCGCACUCGAUGCGUCUUUGGCCGUCGGCGGUGCCAGAGAAAACUUCAAGCAGGAUCCGAAGGUUGAUGCCAAAGCAACAUUCGCCCGGCGAGAUGCUUUCACAGCCAACUGGAACGAUGGGAAAGUCCUGGUGCCCAUGGUUCAAGCCGCCGGGGCACAACUUGUAAGGGGCACGGGAAAACUUGUAGGCGAGAAAAGGGUUGAGAUCUCUUCGAUUGACGGAGACUCCAAGGUGCUAGUUGCACAGCAGGCGGUUGUGUUGGGAACAGGCAGUGAGCCCAUUAUACCAGAUAUCCCUGGCCUUGCCGAGGCCAAGCCGUGGACUCCGCGACAAGCCACGAGCAGCAGCACCGUGCCGGAACGCCUGGUGAUCUUGGGAGCCGGUGCGGUAGGCUGUGAGAUGGCCACAGCGUACAGCAGCUUCGGAAGCAAGACCACUCUAAUUUCUUCUACGGCAGAAAUACUGCCCCGAUUGGACGACGAAGCUGGCCGCCUCGUACGUCAAUCACUUGAGGCCGAAGGAGUCGACAUCCUCUUGUCAUCACAAGUCACCGGCGUUGUUAGACGAGCAAACUCCUCCGUAAAGUUAAGUCUAGCAUCUGGAAAGUCCCUCGAGGCCGACGAACUGCUUGUCGCAACUGGACGACGGCCUCGAGUAGUCGGGAUCGGGUUGAAAGAACUUGGCAUUCAGGAAGAUGGGGCACCCAUCCCAGUAGACGAGUCGCUAUGCGCCAAGGCCGUGAAUGGAGGUUGGCUGUAUGCUACAGGCGACAUGAACGGUCGCAACACGACAACUCACGGGAGCAAGUACCAUGGACGCAUUGUCGGGAACGCCAUCAUAGCUCGUGCCCAUGGUCUGAAGUUGGAUGGUGUGCCGUUUGACAAAUAUUCGGCCACUGCAGACCAGAAUGCCGUCCCACAAGUUGUAUUCACGACACCCACUGUAGCAUCGGUAGGCCAAACGCGGAAGGCCGUUCUGAAAGCCGGGUCAUUGGACCGUGUCAGAUUUGUGACUGCGACGCUCAAUUCAAUCGCGUCACGCAUCAAGAACGAUCGGGCCCAGGACGGCUGGGGCCAGUUGGUGAUUGAUCUGGGGACAAACCGGAUUCUAGGGGCAACAUUCGUAGGUGACGACGUGUCGGAGGUCCUACAUUCAGCGACAGUAGCUGUCGUAGGCGGAAUGACGCUGGAGAGAAUGGCCCACGCUGUGCCUUCUUUUCCGACGGUGAGCGAAAUAUGGCUCACACUGUUGGAUGCUGCCGAUCUGUAA